AUGGCCUCAAUUGGUAUAGAUUUGGGCACGACCAACUGUUGCGUAUGUGUGAUAAAAAAUGGCAAACCUCAAGUGGUUACGAACGAUCAAGGUCAACGUACCACACCGAGUUUUGUUGCAUUCACAGAGCACGAACUUCUUGUGGGACAGGCUGCAGUGGAUCAAGUUCUAUCAAACCCAACAAACACCGUAUGCGAUGUGAAGCGUAUAAUCGGACAGAAAUUCUCUGAUCCCGAACUGGAGAAAAACAGAAAAAUGUGGGCCUUUCAUGUGGAACAGGAGAAUGAUCUACCAAAAAUAUCAGUCCGAUAUCACGGCCAAGAAAAUCGCUUUUCACCGGAAGAAAUCACGGCAUUCUUGUUAAAUUAUCUACGAGAACAAGCAGAGAUUCGUCUGGGCAAAAUGGUAAACCAAGCUGUUAUAACUGUUCCGGCUUAUUUCCAACACUCUCAAAGACAAGCGACCAUGUUAGCUGCGGAACUGAUUGGGUUAAAGGUCGCACAGUUGGUGAAUGAACCGACUGCGGCUGCCAUUGCGUUUACGCAAAAACAGAAGUUGAAAAUACCCCGCACCUUUCUUGUCUAUGACCUGGGUGGAGGUACGUUUGAUGCGGCUGUGGUGAGAAUUCUGGAGCAAAAUAUGGGAGAAGUUUUGUGUGUUUCUGGUGACUCUCAUUUAGGUGGGGAAGAUUUUGUCCAAAAUAUGGUCACUCAUUUCAAAACCGUUCUCAUGGACCGUUUCAAAAUUCUGUUAGAUAGAGAAAAGUGGUUACAUGAGUUGCGUAUUUUGUGUCAAACAAUCAAACAUGAUCUGAGUUUUGAGAAGUCGACAAAGUGCGGAUUGUACAUUCAAGGCAUUCCUUAUGCGCUUGAAAUGAGUAGAGAGGAAUUUGAAAAACUAAACGAGCACUUAUUUCGUCGAACAAUCCAAGUUGUUGAGGCAAUGUUACAAACGCGAUCAAUUAGAAAAGAAGACAUCAAUGAAAUACUUCUAAUCGGCGGUUCUACACGAAUUCCACGAAUUCAACAGCUUUUGUUAGAAUGUUUCCCACAUAUAAAGAAUUUGAGCAAAUCAAUCAAUCCGGAUGAGGCCGUGGCAAUGGGUGCUGCUAUUUUGGCAUCUAUGCCCAAAUUUGAUGGGCGUAUCACGUCGGAUGUCGAUUCUGCGGAACAAGCACAGGAUUUAGUUAUUCGGGAUGUCCUGCCCCACUCUUUGGGUCUGCGGGAAAAGAAUGAUCACAUGCGUAUUUUCCUCCAAGCUGGGAGUUUUAUACCGGUAGCACAUGAGGAAGUAGCCACCACGACAGAGGAUAAUCAGCGCUCAAUGAAAGUGUCCGUGUAUCAAGGUGAAAAUGAGGACACAAAAGAAAAUAUCUGUCUCGGUGAGUUUAUCCUAAAAGGAAUCCCACCAAAACCGAAACACGGCACCAACGUGAAAAUAUGUUUUGAUGUGGAUGAGAACGGCAUACUAACUGUGACAGGGAAACAUAGUGAGCAAGGGAAUGAUGAAGUUCAAGGUGAACUGCAGGUGAACAUUUUGCACAGUCAAUCGAGAACGCAAAUUGAUCAGAUGAAAAAUCGCGUACAGCAAGCUUUGGGUCAAACAAGAGAGUGCAAUACGCAGUCAUGA